AAAACCCCUAAAAUGCUCUCUUCGACUUCACCAGAAACAAACACCAAACACCAAAAGAUGAGAAAGCCCAAUUCCAGAAGCGUUCGCAAGCAUAACCGGAAGUUGGGAGCAGAAGAAAUCGAGCUUCUUAACCAAUGGAUCGACUGUAAGACACCCGACUCGGGCUCUAACCCUUUUAUUGCUUCUUUGCCCCAUGCGCUUUGGGGGAGGGAUAUUCUUGGAACGGCCAAAACUGGGUCGGGGAAGACUCUGGCUUUUGUUAUUCCGGUUAUGGAGAAGUUGUAUAAGGAAAGAUGGGGUCUUGAGGAUGGGGUAGGCAGCAUCAUAAUCUCUCCUGCGAGGGAACUAGCCGGUCAGCUGUUUGAUGUCUUGAGAACUGCUGGGAAGCACUACAAUUUUAGUGCUGGCCUCCUGAUUGGUGGUCGCAAAAGUGUUCACACGGAGAAGGAGCGGGUGAAUGAGCUAAACAUUUUACUUUGACUCCAAAUUUUGAUGUAACAGAAUAUUUAACAGAACGUCUCUUCUUUAAUGUAUAGAAUUUUUUAAAAAAAUUUACACUAAUAU